GCGCGGCAGGGCAACGCCAGUAGAGUAAGGAGCGGCGACCAAGCAGCAUCGCGAGUGAGCCCAGCGCAGCGCUCGCUCUCACCGCGUGCUCCACGAAGUGCCAGCCGGUAGAGCGGCAGCGCCCGCCCCGCGCGACGUGCCCCAUUCGCCCGGCCCUUCGCGAGUGCCCCUCACCUCAGUCAGUGUUUCGGUGGAGUGAUAUGUGAUUUGCUUCGGAUUUUUGGAUUUUCUUCUUCGCCCACGUCAAGUGCGUUGGUGUGAUCUGACUUUGUCAGCCCUGUGCGUCAAGUGACUAAGUGUGGUGAGCGGGUCAGUACAGACCUCUCUCACCCUCCGCGGCCUCUCUCACGGAUUACUUCGGACGUCUCGCGUGUGACGCGGACGUCACCCCCUUCCCCGUGACGAGUCCCAGCCCCAGCUUCACCACGGCGGCCGAACCGGUCUGCGUCAUGAACGCGGUGGCCAACUUCGCCAAGCUGGCGACGGCGCCGCCGCCCUCGAGCAAGAGGCCGGUGCGCCAGUCGCUGCUGUCGGUGCGGGAGAAGAUCGACGCCAUCGACCGCGUCCACGAGGGCGAGUCCAAGGCGGCCGUGGCACGCGACAUCGGCGUGCCCGAGUCCACCCUGCGGGGGUGGUGCAAGACGGAGGACAAGCUGCGCAGCCUGGCGCGCGCCUGCGAGGGCUCGGACACACCGCCCUCCGACCUGGACAAGGCCGGCCUGGACCAGGACCCCUAUUCCCCAGAGCCGCUGGCCAAGCGCUUCCGCGUCGAGUCUGAGAACAAACCGGCCGAGGCCGUCGUUGACGACGCCCUCCUCUACUGGCUGAAGCAGCAACAGCAGCACGUCGGCCUUGCCAUGAACGAGCACCUGCUGGACGCCAAGAUGGCCUCCGACGGCGUAGUGGGCGCUGACAACAGCAGCUGGUUCUGGCGCUGGUACAAGCAGUACGGUGUGCAGACUCAGCCUCUCCCCUUGGCUGAGCGCGCCGAGCGCUCCGUGGACAUGGACCGCGAGCGUGAGCUGCGGGAGCGCGAGCUCCGCGAACAGGAGCUGCGGGAGCGCACGGCCGCCGACCUGUCCGCCACCAUCACCCCGCCGUCGCCGCCCUCGCAAGACUACCUGGACCGCGACUACGACGCGCCGCUGUCUCUCGUCAAGCCGCGGGAGCGCGACAGCGACAAGGAGCGCGAGAACGACAACCUCAACCACAAUCACAACCACCUCAACCACAACAGUGUGCAUCACGAGCACCUGAGCCACCUCAGUCACCAUGUGAAGGACCACCUGGACAAUAACAACGUGACGGACCUGCGCAAGCAGCCCCUGCCACAGCACCAGCAAACCCUGCAGGCCCUCCAGGCACACCAUCGCGUCGUGGAGUCUGAGGACGAGGACGACGAGCCCCCAGAAACGGCUGCCGAGGCGGUCAAGCACGGCGAGCGCUUCCUGCGGUGGCUGGAGUGCUGCUCGGACCCAUCAGUCACUGCCCUGCAGAUUCUCCAGUUCCGGUAUCUGCUCAACAACGUGCGCGCCUGCGCCGACCGUCGUUCGCGGCAAGGGAAGUCCAAGGACCGCGAACGGUCGAGGAGGAAGUGAACUCGUUAAAGUGAUUGUUUUGUGAUGAACGUUACCGUCAUCUGAUAGCAGUCCACCUGCUGAGAUUUAAGUAGUCAUCGAGUCAUGUCGUCUGUUCUAUUUUUGUACAGCUGUCAUCCCAGCACAUGGUGAUGGCUGAAUUGUAUGUGCCGGUGUGUGACUCGCCAGCAAUACUGAUGACAUAUGUAUGUGGGUGUACUGAAUUGCAUGUGCAUCUUCCAGUUUUGACAGUUCUGUAUGAAUUUCUGUAAUUGUAUUUUCAGUCAGCUAGAUGACAGAGUAGUGUUCUCUGUUAAACAUCAUUACUCAUUAAUUUGUUUUUUCUUUAAGUUUCUUUCAAUGGUACUUAAAGUAGGUUAACACUGUGAAAUAGCCAAUCAGUUUUCAGGCAUGUUUUGCUCUCUUCAGCCAAUUAGUGACGCAUACUUGGACUCUGCAAUGUGUACCUGUAAAUGUAACUUUGCUUGCAAGCAUUGGAUUAGUCUUUCAUAGCCCUAAUUUAGCCAUGUUUUUAGAUGGGCUCUCUCUGUAUUUUGCGUUAUUGAAAGACCUGCUCAGUAUUUCGCUACUGGUAUAUUUACCAAAGGUUCACAGUUUGUAUGUUAUUAUAACUUUGCCAUAUUAAGUAGCCAUCAGUAAUCUGGUGUCUUUUUUUCCUUCACUUUUUUUUUCUUGACUGAUUGUUCAGUGAUUGUUUCUGGCUACCAUGCCUGUUACUUAUGAUCAAAGUUUGAUAUGCUUACUAUGUAUUCUGAGGAGUCGUUCAUGCAUUUAUUAAAUAGUUUACCAUUGCCAUAUGUCCUACAAAUUGUGAUUUUGCUCAUGUUGUGCUUAGUAGUGUUAUGUCACUUUGGGUUUGUUUUUUGGUUCUAGUAUCUUGUUAAUUUUUGAAAUUCUUUUGAUCAAAAUCCCCUUUUUGUUUCUGAUAAUGUCCGAGGAAAGAGCUUGCCAAGCUAAGUUCAGUGGCAUUUCAAUGCUUAACUGUUGAUCUUACAUAUGUCAUUCCACAUUGGUCUCAUUUCUUGUUUUGUAAAUUUUGAAUUGCUUUGUUACAAGGUUCCUAAGACUUAUCUUUACCUAUGUUGCAAGUUCCAUGUUCAUUUAAGUAUUAUGUUUGUGGUUACAUUAUGGGAGUGAUGUGCCAAAACUAUAGCUAGUAUAUUAAGUAUUGU